CACAUGGAAGCAGACUUUUCAGAAAUGAGAAGUGAGCUGCAGUCACGGGAUGCUCUCUGGAGAAGGAUACAGCUGGAAUGCCAACAGUUGCAUACAGAAUUACUGAAAAUCAGAGAUUGUAAAGAUAUGCAGGAAACUCAAAUAACGCAUCAAUCUUUUCGUGUACAACAUACUGAGCAACUAGAAAAUAAAACCACGGGCUUAUUGCUAUUGGCACAAAAUCAACAAUGCCAACAAGAAGAGCUAAACAAGAUAAGAAACCAUGUUUAUCGAGAGGAGCAGUCCCAUCGCUCCAAGCAGGAAAGAAUGAAGACAGAAAUCUCUGACCUGACAGAAGAGCUUCAUCAGAAGGAGAUCACUAUAGCAACUAUCAUGGACAAAGCUAGUCUUCUGGAAAGACAGUUAAAAAUGGAGUUGGAGAUAAAAGACAAAUUGUUAGCAAAACAACAGUUGUUGGAUUUCCAGUGCAAAGUUAUCAAAUCUGAAAAUGCACAUCUAAAAGAGAUGGUGGAAAACCAGGAUUGUAAAUGUUGCACGAGCAUAAAUUUAUCUAACAAAGAACAUGGAAAUUUCACAGCUUCCAUUCACAAACUGGAACAUGAGAAUGUAGGAUUACAGAAUAGUCUUGUUAAACUACAAAAUGACACAGAAAUAUCCAUACUGGGUCGCAGGGAUACCUAUGGAGAAACAGACCACAGCUACCAAGACCAGUCAAAGAUGCAAGACAAGGAAGAGAGAGGUCAUGAAAAGGAGAUCGAUGAGAAAUCUCCAUCCCCGCCAGUGGGAUAUCCUGUGGACUUUGGUGAGCUGUUUCCUGAGGAGGGCAGAACAGGCCUACUGAGCCCUGCUUACAGUGCAGAAGACAUCAAAUUCUCA